AUGGCGGCCGACGUCCUACGGUUGGAGUCAUUCUUUCAGCUCUCCCGUCCCGAGGGAGUUCCCGCGACUGUUCUGUUCACAAAUUAUGGCUCUUGUUACGGCUUCAUGGCCCCUCUGACUGCCGCUCGUAAUCGCCACUGGCUGGUCUUUUUUGUGGCUGCACUGUCGACCGCUCUGCGAGCCCUCCUCCCUGCGACAUCCGCAGGUCUGAUGGUAUUGACGGAAGUCACUACAUCCCAAACGAAUGGUAUCUCGACCUGGCCAGUAUUGCUGGAUACAAAUUUACAGAGCAGUCGUUUCGCCGCCGAGUCGGCUCGAUACACCCGUUCUUCCGUGGUAGUCUCUACAGAUCACCUCUACUGGCUGCGCUCGUCUGACUACGCAUCCGCACCGGCGUCUAUUCCCGAUGACACGAAUGAAUCCUCCAUGGUAGCGGUGAAUCAAACUGUCUACUGGGCCGAUCUCACCUGCGAGGAUGUGACGGUCGCUGACUUGAAGCUCGCGAGAUCUUCUCGAACGUCAACCGCGAGAGAUGAUGUGAAUACCUCCGCUCAUCAUGACCCGUGGGACGAGUAUCAAAUCCAAUUACCCCCAAGUAAUGAUGGCCGUUCGUGCCGCAUCAGCUUUGCUCUGGACACGACCAGCUUUGUUGAUAGCAUGUCCUCUCAGUUACAGUACUGGGAACCACUGGGUGCCCUGUCUCGGAGUGCCGUGGAGUCUAGUUUAAAUGCUACGAACUGCGAAGACCGCUCAUUGGUUGGGUUGCUUGUGGACAUUCCAAGUGCUAGCGAUGCAGCCGCAGGCCGUGUCCCUAAUGCCACUGCAUUCUCCUGCACCGCGAAUUACUUUUCUUCCACAGCGGAGCUUCAUAUGAGUGUCAAUGCAUCGAUCGUCGGUGCAAAGGUUGAUCAGUCCAGUCAAAGAUCUAUAUCAGGGGAGGACUUUGAUAUUUGUGGGUUUCAGAACCUUCUCCAGCUCGAACAACAUGCUCGCGUGGAUACAGCAAAUACGGGCUUAGUGGAGCUAAUGCCCGAUGCUCUUGAUUCUCCCGAAAUGUCCUGGUACUCAACGCUGAUCAGAUCGAGUAAUGGCCCAACGCCAUUUGAUGUCGCCGCGCGGGUUGACAGCCAUCAAUACCAGGAAAUGAUCAGUGAGUGUUGA